CGAAGUUUAUGUGCUCUUUCUCUCUUACAACACUGUAUUCGCUCAACAUUUCUUCCAAAACAAGAAAAUAACUUUGAGAAGAUAUUAACAGAAACAUAAGUUAAUUAAAAGAAAAAGAAAAAUACUUGGCAGCAAUUUGAUGAAUAUCGGGUCAUAUGAUCUCCAUACCCAAGAUAAGUAUUGAGUAGCUUUCUAUAGAGGUUGCUUGUUGAUCCUGUAACAUUUGUUACUAUUCUCUAAAUUACUGAUUCGCUUUAUCCUUUUACAGAACCUUAGCUGUCAUGGCUGAAGAGACUGUUACAUACUCAAGAUGUGUUGAACUUAUUUCCAUUAUCAUAGGGUGCGAUUCGGAAGCUACAUUAUUUGAUAACUUGAAAGAGUUUCAUUAUUUAGUCAAAUCAGAAGUUUCGAGUUCAUUUUUUCCUCAACUAUUUAUACGAGAUCAUGGGUUUACCGCUAUAAGAAAGGCAUUGGUAAAGUUGACGUUCCAUUCGUUCAAAAGUUUAGAAGUAUUUGAAUCCUGCUUGCAAGUUUUGAGUAUUGCUACCUCCUAUACCAUUUUGCGUUCAUGGCUCUUGUCUAGAAAACGCAUAGAUACUUGGCUUAAGACUGCUGUGCAAAAUCUACUUUCGUCUUUCGAGAAAAGUGAUGAAGAACAUUUUCCAACAAGCAGAAAUUGUCUGAAGAAGAUAGAACAGAAAGGCGUUGAUAUUCCUGAUGGAGCGGAAGGUAACGCUUUAAACCCCGUUUCUAGAAAUGAUGACUCGAAUUUUCCUCAUUCCAAUACAAAAGAGGACCCUAGUAUCUAUUUAAGAUGCAGGAUUAUGUUGGCAAUCCUAGCAUUUUCACUGAACGACUGUUUUCCAGCAAUUAAAGACACUUCUUUUUUUACACACACAAGUCUUUCUCAGUCAGAAGUAUACGACUCAGUAGAAUCAUGUUUGAAGAUUCUUUCCGGAAAGUUUCUGGCUUUUGUUGAUGUUCUUCCCCUAGUAUUUUCCUUAUGCCCUUCGGUGUCCUUUUUAACCUUGCUUUUGAUUCAUCUACAGGGAUUAGUUAAGUACUCUCCGGAGAAUGCUAUAAAGCUAUCUUCGUCAAGGGUUAUGGAUGAUUUGUUAGACUAUUUAUUUAAUCCUCCCCAAAAUUACCCGCUAUCAGAUCAUAUGAAAGACUUGCUUUUUGAUAUCACACUAAAUUGUGCUACGUAUGGGUUGUCAAAUAAUAACACUUCCAAAGUUUUGAAUAUUUAUAUCAAUGAGAAGUCUUCGCUGGCACGUCACUGGUUCAAGGAAGCUUUAUCAAAGCCAGUUGCUCCAGCUCUUUACUUCAACCCUCUCGUAAAAGGUUACUCUUCUGUCGACUUUACCUUAAGUACUCUGAUCAGUCCCAAUACAGGGUACUCAGUUUCUUUAUGGCUGCAUUCUGGAUGCUUAAGUGAUGAUAUUGUCAACAAACGAUCUGUCCCGACAACAUUAUUUUUGAUCACCGAUUUUUUGAAAUCUCCUCUGUUACGUGUGAUGGUUGAUCCAUCCACAAAUUCGAUUAGUGUGCAUUUUGGAUCAUAUGCUACAAACAAAGGCUCAUGUAUUAUCAAUUUUUGUACUCCUUUGACGACAUCUUCUUUAAAAAAAUUCAAUAAUGUUAAAGCUUCUACAUGGCGAUUGAUUACUCUUGUUCAUAAAAAUGAAAAAUCGUCUUCUACACUUGAAUUGUACAUUGACGGAACAUUCGUUGAAAGUGCCCCCUCAUCAUAUCCAUUCAUUCCAUCCUUACUUCAACCUCUAUAUAUUUCUCUAGGACCUUCAAUGGGAUCUAAAGACUUGGUUCGAAUGCCUCAUGAAAACGAUGAGCAUUUAAGUGCUUCUUCUGUGAGUGGCACACUUGAAAAGGGCAACCAGGGUACUGAAUCAUUUGAUAACUUACUACCACUGCUGAUCGGGACUACGAGGUUAUUCACUGAAUCGUUGCUUCCUUCUCAAGUAGCAGUCAUUUAUGCUUUAGGCCCAAACUAUACUGGAUCUUUUCAAGGUUCUAUAAAUGACUUUUUAACUUAUAGAGCAUCUUCGGAAUUAAGCAUGGAGGUUCAAGCCUUAAAUUUAAGUGCCGAAGAAGUUUUGAGGAAUACUAAAAGUAUUUCUUCUUCUUGCAUAGCUUUAACUGUUUCUGCCAAAAGCUAUCUUAAUAUAAGUGACCCACGCUUAUUUGAUUUCAGCUCCUUUGGAACUUUGGACACGCUGAAGGACUUACAGGAUCAGUUCUACACGUAUGUUUAUAUAAACCGAGCAGCUCCAUCGUAUGACCAGAUCUUUUCAAUAGACAAACCUAGUUUUGGCGUUUCGUCGGGCUCCGUAACCCAAAUUGUUAUGCCAUCUUUGAGUGAUGCUUUAUACAACGUUGGUGGUUCAAGUAUAUUAUUAUUUCUGGUUUCGAUUGCCGAAACCGUCGAAGAACUCAAUUUUGGUCUAUUGUUCUAUCUUUCAGCAAUUGAAGACAAUUGGCGUUUUUCAGAACAGGUGGAACAAAGCCAUGCCUACGAAGUUUUAGCUAAAGUCCUUCACUCAAAAUCACAUCUUUUAAUUUCUGAGGAAACUCUUCAGUUAAUAUCGUCCAAAGCUGGUGUUCAUCACGAGCGUUCCAAACAUCCAUUUAUUUUGAAUCCCCUUCUUUUUCGCUAUCUUCUACUUGAUUUUGAUCUCUGGUCUAAAUGUCGGAAUAGUCAUUUGGUAAUUCAACAGUUAAGCUAUAUUGUAUCCCUUAUUGAAAACAACGAGUAUUCUAAUAUAAAUAUAAGGCGACUUAUGAAGAUGCAAGUUUUAAAGAAGCUUCUUGCUGCAAUGAGAGGUCGCUUGUUUCGAUUGGAUGUACUUCCCCUUUUAAAAGUUGUGCUGAAAAUUCUAUUGACUACUUCAUUCGUUUCAGAGAACGUUAGGGCAAUUGUGACUUACAUUAUAUAUGCAGCCUUUUCCACGAAAAGAAAUAUUCGAACAAAUCGACUUUCAAACGCUUCUUCGAACCAUAAAAGAUCUGAAGAGGAAGUUGAAUAUUUGGAUAUAAAAGAAUCGGGUCAUGCGGUUUGCGAGGUAUUUGUGAAUCUUUUGAUUGAGAGCAAUCAAGAGCCAUCUUUCCUUCGACGGUUUUCUUCCAUGAUUACUCCGGCUUGGUUAUUAUUCCUGAUAAGGCAAAGUGAUAGUCAUUAUUUUAUACUCGGUCUAAAAUUAUUGAAUCAGUCCGUUUGUAGUUUAGGUUCUAGCUUUAUAUCAAAGUUUUCCCAAAAAUUUCAUGGAUUUUUGGUUUUAAAAAAUAGCUUGCCUCAACAACUUUAUUCGGAAGAGGUCUGGUUGAAUUUGGUUCAAUUAGCCCUAGGCCUUGGAGUUAAAGGGAUAAAAUACAAAUCUGACCGUUCAUUUGAGGAGAAGCUUAACGAUAUGGUUUUGAAUUAUAAAGAUCGAAUUUUCCCCGUUCCUGAAAUGAUAGUGAUAUUACUGGAUUCUAUUUAUACAUUAUUAAAGACUUCUAGUCUUCCUGAGACUGAUUUACAAAUGACAGGAUCUUUGCAUUAUGGCCAACAAACGUUACUUCUUUUAACUGACGCUCAAAUCUCAUAUUCCCUUGAUAUGAGUAUGGGUUUCGAUAUAAAUGAACACAUAGUUCGAAUGGUGUUUCCAUUCUUUUCUCCUAAAGAAGACGUGGCUCCCGAACAAGAAAUCCGAGAACUGAUGGAAAAUCUCCGUCAUCCAUUGCCUCGCGCUUCAUCUUCAAAAGCGUUUAGCCAAGGCAUAAAAAGAUCGGUUAGAAAGAUGUCUACUGGUGGAUCAGCUAGACGGGUAGUAACUCCGUUUACCAAUCGCGCUCGACAGGAAAUUUUUAAUGAACAAUUACACACCGACAGUGUUCAGACUAGCUCGCAACCGAAAUUUAAUACAACUGUGUUUUUGGAAAACACUAUUAUUGAGGGAAAUAAGUCGAAGAAGCUGAUUAAUGAUCUUUUCCUGUCUGUUUUAAGUACCGCUUAUGAUCGAAUUGUUUCGGGUCACGGAUUUAGCUUUUCUAAGUUAAUUAUUUCUUUGCCUUCUAGUACGAGGACGAAGAAGGCUUUAUUCGUCCGAAUUACAUUUCAUUCGAUCCUUCAGCAGCUCAUUAAAUCAGUGAAGGAUGAUAAGUCUUUCUUAAUGAAUCCUCACUUAUUAAUCAAUUUCAGCUAUAUGUUUACCAAAUAUUUAAGGAUAAGGAUUGUUGGAUUUAUGGAUGAAUUCUGUUUAAGCAUUAUAGACGAUAUUGGGUAUCUACUUGAAGAGCUAGGAUUUGCAGAGAGUCAACUGGAUUUUCCCCCUAAAAAUAUGAAGUUUGCAAUUUCCAAUUUGUUUAGUUGCUUUUUAAAACUAAUACUGUUAGAGCUGGAUAAAACUAUAGAAAAAGGCGAUGAAGAUACUAUGGAAAACGUCAUGAAAAAGAUACUGUAUUGGCAGACACCUUUACUUGCUUCUAAGAAUCAUCAGCCAGAACUUUUUUCGUUCUUAUGGUAUAGUAUGUAUACGGUGAUAAAAUCCGGUAAUGAAAAGGCUCGUUUAAGUGCUGUCGAUAUAUGGCGUUUAUUAUAUAUUCAGUCUCCAAAUUUUUUGAAUCAAGUGAGUAGGAACUCUAGAAUGGAAUAUCCCUUCAGUCGAAAUGUGCAAAGCAUCACCGGAUUGCAGUCUGACCAAUUUCUUUCCUGGCUACAGGAAAAUAUAUCCGAAGCUGAUCAGUUUAUGCAAACAUGCUUUUCGUUACAAUUUCGAGACUUCUUAAAACAAGAAUGCAAGGCUGCUGAAGAUGAAUUACUUUCUCUAAAGUUAUUACGCUUGGAGUUUCUGAAGAAAAGUCUGACGGUCGCUUCAAGCGAACAGAAUCUUCUUAACGAAAUGUCUCAGUCUUACGAAGCUUGGAUUUCAAGUCUAUACUCUUUGGAAUGUAGCCGAUUUCGAAAGCUAUUCCAGGACCAUUCGGAUCAAGAAAAUUUUGUAAUGUCUGCCUUAUUUUCUAAUCAGGCUGAAUUAGCUAGCGAAAAUUCAGUACUCUCUGUGAGGCCAGCAUCAUGGGAAUUGGAUUCUACUGAAGGCUCAGAACGAAUGAGGAGUCGUUUAAGACCCUGCAUCACACCCAACAAAGAAAUUAACAAAGAACAGGAAUCUGCACGGAAGCUAUCGUUUGUUACAGGAAAUCGGAGCUUUGAUGGUUCUAUGAGUUCUGAAGUUCCUCUUCAGUCACAAGGGAAAGAAGCUCUUACGCUAAUGGUUCCAUACAGUGAAGAUACUUUACAUGAUUCAGAAGCUACAUCAACGAACGAAUCAACGUUUGAUAAAGAAGAUGAUCCAUCUGAAGAGGAUAAAGAAGAUAAAAAUAGAACUGUGAUGCGCUCUAUUAUACCUGGAGAUACUAUACAAGACGCAUAUAACGUUUCUAGGAUAUUUGGGUUGGAAGCUACUGAAGGUAUUUUGCUAUUAGGAAAGCACUAUCUUUAUUUAAUGGAUAAUUUCUUCUUACGAUCGGAUAAUGAAAUUGUCGACAUAAACGACAGCAGCGUGACUGAUGAAAAAGACCCAUAUCUACAGCUGCUUAAUAUGCAAUCAUUGAAUUCUUCGAAAAACACCCUUCCCCUUCCCAUCAUUUCUAGAGAAAAUGGCUGGCAUUGGAACUUCUCAGACUUGUCUUUGGUGCUUAAACGAUUCUAUCUACUUCGGGAUGUUGGGAUUGAGCUCUUCUUCAAAGAUGGAAGAAGUUUCUUAACCAUACUGUCUACAACUAAGAAUCGAGAUGCACUUUAUCAAAAAUUGGUUGCUAAGGCGCAUGGUGCAGAUGUUCUUUCAACGAGCCAUUUGGCUACAUCAAUGAGUCGUGAUCUUGGGAAAACUACUAAUAGAACGAGUUUUAUUGGAACAAGAUUAGCAAACGUCCUAACUUUUAAUAGUGGUCACCCGGCCACUAAAAGAUGGGAGAGACACGAAAUAUCAAAUUUUAACUAUUUACAAAUUGUAAAUACCCUUGCGGGCCGCACAUAUAACGAUUUAACCCAAUAUCCCGUUUUUCCAUGGGUCAUUGCUGAUUAUACUAGUGAAGAACUCGAUUUUAAAAAUCCCAAAACCUUCAGAGACUUAUCAAAGCCAAUGGGUGCACAAUACCCUCCCAGAGAAGCGCAGUUUAAGGAACGUUACGAUCUACUAUUAAACUUGGGUGACUUACAACAAAAGCCCUUCCACUAUGGUACCCAUUAUUCGUCGGCCAUGAUUGUUUGCUCCUAUUUAAUACGCUUACGACCAUUUGUAAAUUCGUAUCUUGCACUACAGGGUGGUCAAUUUGAUCACGCAGAUAGGUUAUUCUAUUCAAUUGAACAAACCUGGAAGUCUUCAUCGAAGGAAAACAUGGCAGAUGUAAGGGAACUAAUUCCUGAAUUUUUCUAUCUUAGUGAAAUGUUUGUUAACGGUAACGGGUUUGACUUUGGGUCAAGGCAGAAUGAAACCAAACCUAUAAACGAUGUCAUUCUGCCACCAUGGGCCAAAGGUGAUCCGGCUAUUUUUGUCCAAAAAAAUCGUGAAGCUCUUGAAAGUGAUUAUGUUAGCUCGCAUCUUCACGAAUGGAUUGAUCUAAUAUUUGGUUAUAAGCAACGUGGUCAGGAAGCAGUUGAAUCCACAAAUGUUUUCCACAACCUUUCCUAUCAAGGGUCAGUCGAUCUUGAAAAUAUUGAAAACGAGUUUGAGCUAGCAGCAGCAGUCGGAAUUAUUCAUAACUUUGGGCAAACCCCUAAACAGGUUUUUAAAAGGCCACAUCCUCCGCGUGGACCUGAUUUCACAGAUACACCUUUAGGGCCUUACCUGUUUGGUCGGUUUGAGAAAAAUAUGGCCUUGUUAUUCCAAAGUGUUUCGCCUGUUAUGAAAAUAUCAAAAAAAGUUGCUCAUAUAUUGUAUGACCCAAAAAAAGAUACCCUUCGUGCCUUUUCUACUGACACUGUACCUUUAUCUUCAUAUUCCAGUUUGUUAUGGGGAGGAGUAAAUAAUGAUGUUGAGCUUAUUACGGAACAAAUUGAUUCGAAGUCGGUAGUUUUUGAAGAGUUGCAUUCAGAGAAUAUCACACAUUUACUAAAUUGUGAUGAGAGAACUUUUCUCACAGUAUCUCAGGAUUUAACCCUUCGUUUAUGGCAAUUAUCUGACUCGAAGCCUGCACGAGUUUCUCUGAAAAAGGUUUUAUAUGGUCACAGAACAAAGAUAACAUCAAUAAGCGUAUGCAAAGCAUUCAGUAUUAUCGUUAGUGGUGAUGAAUCAGGCUCUCUAAUGAUAUGGGAUUUAAAUCGCGCCGAAUUUGUACGAUCAGUUUGUGUAUAUGAACAACCGAUACAAACUAUUUCCGUGAAUGCAAGAAACGGAGAAAUUGCUUUUACGUCAGGCUAUUUUUGUUGUAUUAUAGAUAUAAAUGGUAAAGUCCUUGUAAAGGAUAUUUUAAGUCGAUUCUAUGACUCCAACUUGAAUGAGGAUAUAUGCUCUUCAAGUUUCUAUACAGGUGCGAAUUCAGAAUGGUUGAACAAGGACUUGUUUCUCACCGGUCAUGAGGAUGGUGUUGUGCGUAUAUGGGAAAAAAGACUUGAGUCUAAAGCGAAACUGGAAUCGAAAGAAUUUUCUAAUAAACCAAAGUGGCGCCUGCAUGUUGUGCGUCAACUUCAACAUAAGAGUGGCUUUGGUCGUAACAAGGUUCCCACUCGCCAAACUAUCACUUGUAUUACAUGCAGCGGUCAAGCUCGUGGCAUAUUUACUGGAGAUAAUCUUGGUCAGGUUUAUGCUUGGAUGCUACCCGAUACUACUUCCAAUGUACACGUUGAACGUGAUGCGACUAGCGAUCUUUGUUCAUUGUGUGACACCCGGUUUUCCCUAAUGGAGUGGAGAAGUCAAUGCCGUGCGUGUGGAAAUUCCAACGUAUGUAGCGAUUGCAUUUCUACUUUGAAAAAUACUAAUAUUAAAACUUGUUAUGAAUGCUACAGACAAUUGCCUUCAUAUUACAAGGGUUGAUAAAGUUUAGAUAUUGUUUACGACUAAUGAUAACAUUCCCUCUUGUAGUGGUUUAACUAAUAUUAGAUGUUUAUGAGUUUUUAAGGAUACGAUAUAGCAUAGAAUUUUUUUUUCUUGUUCUCUUGUUUAUAAUGCAAAUUAAAUAAACCAUUAUUACCCUAACGUCCAAAAAUAACCAAA